CUGCUUUGAUCGCACAAGACAUGAUUCAAAGCACGUUGGAAGCCAAGCAAGAAAGUAGUCAGAUUAUUUUCUCUCUAAGGUGACUCGUGGCUUCUUGGCUGUCAAAUGGAAGCGAUGCAAAUAGUCCAAGACCCAUUACAUAAUCAAAUUGUUCUCGAAAAACAAGUUGUCGAUGGCGAAACUUUGUUGGACGGAUCAGAGACCGAGUCCUCUGAUGUACUCACCUUAGGGAGUCUGUACGUACAGGAUCUGCCAAAUGGUUACAUUCUGCCCGAGAGACCAUCCUCCUUUAAUCCCAAGGCAAAGUUCCUGAACGAUGAGCGAUAUUUUAUUCAUGAUUUCCCACCCUGGCCUCUAUUUUACAUAGAGCGGCUAAAGCCAAUCCAACUGUGUCUAAUUGCAGGGAACGAACUGCCGAUUCUCGUGCGAUAUAAACCAGGGGAACAGUUGAAGAAACACUGGAGAAAGUGGCUGCCAUUCUUUCCUGAUGCUGAUACUCGUGACUUAGUUACCGAGGACACUGGUGAUAGUAAGUUUGUUACUCUAUAUCCCUUGCAGUGGCUUGCGAGAGGAAAACAUGGUGUCGAUCCAGAUGUUCAUCACAAGAUGCUCAACAAGAAUACCAUCCCAGAAAUGGGUGCCAGUUGCCCAAUCCACAUGAGUGUGAAUGACUAUACCGUGCCGUGUAUGAUCAAAGCAAGCCAUGGGCUGUCGGGAAGAGGGACCUACAUGGCCAAAACAAUGAAUGAAGCAGAGAAAAUUAUCCAUAAAUUGAAAGAUGAGGCACGAUGCUUUGAUCCAAGUAUCUCUGAAGUCAUUGAAGAGUUAACGGGAAAUUACUGUGUUCAGUUUUAUCUGUUCAAAACUGGUGAAAUUCGUUGGCUUGGUUGCUCCAAGCAGGCGGUUACCGAGGACUUUAGUUGGAACGGGGGAUACGUUGACUGGAACGAGCAGGAAUACCUCAAAGAGACCUUCUUGAGAACUGUGACGCCUGUUAGAGAAUAUCUACACAAGAAUGGCUACUUUGGGGUCGUUGGAAUCGAUGUUUUGACCAGUAAAGAGGGGCACUUUGUAGUAGAUGUCAAUCCCAGGAUCAAUGGAAGUACAACACUGCUAUUGAUCGCCCCCCACAUGGCAGUCAAGGGGUUCCCCUCCUCUGCUCUCCUCAAAAUCCCCAACAUUAAAGGCAACGAAAUCGAAAUGAUGGAAAUGUUUGACAAAAUUAACUCACUAGGGGAGGGGAUCGUCAUCAACUUGGCAAGUGUAGAGUCUCCGGAUGGACGAACCUGCGAAGGACAUGUCUGUAUGUUUUCCAAAACACAGAGAGGAGUUAUGGAUCUUAAAAGCCUCAUUAUCAACCAGUAAUUAUUCUCUGUUUAUAUGCUGUAAAAAAAUUUAUAAUUUGUUGUUAA